AUGUCCCCCUUCCCCAAUGAGGAUUAUACCGUGGGCUGGAUAUGCAACUCAAAGAAAUCACUCCUUGCUGCCGCGGCAAUGCAGCAAGGAAGCUGGCUUCUAACCCAGACUUGUCCGACUGGUAAGCAGGAAGGUUUUAUGAUGGGGGAAAUUGGGGAACACAAGGUUGCGGCUACGAUCGUGCAGUGUCAUAAUCAGGCACUGACCGGGGCUCCAAAGAACGUCGUACGGGAAUUGCUGGAAACGUUCCCCAACAUCCGUGUUCUCCUCGUGGUCGGCAUUGCAUCCGGAAUGCCCGACUAUGAGUCCGAGCCCGUCCAGGACAUCCGACUCGCCGACGUCGUGGUUGGCGCGCCAAGUAAGCAUGUCGACGGCGACGUGCGUGUCUACUACGAAGGCUUCAGUGGCUUUCGGUUGAAGCGAACUCUGGACAACGUCCCCACUGCGUUGCGUGCGGCCCUUGACAAACUGCAAGUGAGCAAUGAGCCGUCCGCUUCCCGGGUCAGUCCAUUGCUUAAACAAGACCUGGACUGCCACCACAUGGUGACGCAACACGGCUGUGACCGGCCUGAUCCCUCGACCGAUCAGCUCUUUCGCUCGAGUUACCAACAUGCCGACGAAAGCAAGCCUUGCACAAGCUGCAACGCCACCCAGGCCAUUCCUAGGGACAGGUGGAAACGCGACUACGACGCGCCUGCCAUCCACUACGGGACCAUUGUCUCCUCGACCUUCCGUAUGAGGAACAUCCGAGACAAGAUCAAGACGACCCUCGGCGGCAUCUGCUACGACCGCGAGGCAGAAUCGUUCUUUUGCAAUUACCCCAUGCUCGUCAUUCGGGGUAUAGCGGAUUAUGGCGACACCCACAAGAACGAGGAGUGGGAGGGCUAUGCUGCUUUCACCGCAGCUUAUUACGCUAAGUUCUUAAUCUAUACUACCUCUGCCCAGGAGCUGGCAAAAGCACCUCGAGUGCGUGAUACUCCUCACACCUAA